AUGGUGACCCCAAGCGCCAUGAUGUCGGGAGUUGAAGCCAUGCAGAUGCAGGCCGCACCACCGAGAAAACGUGCCCAACGCCAAACACCCUCCUCUUUGACUCCACGACCCCAGUUACCUACAAUCGCCGAUAUACGAGAUGGACCAUACUCCCAUCUCAGCCCAGCUGCCAUCCAGAGUGCUCUCUACUAUAUUGGCGAACAACUACCCAGCCCAGCUUCUUCGGCAAGCAGUUUACCUUCACCAAUAGCAAGUUCAUCUACGGCCGCCGUAUUGACGCAGUCAUCAAGAAGUCUUUGGAGACCCUACACGACUGAUGGUGAUACUGAUGAAACAAUAUCGAACACGAUUCAAACUAUCAAGGAACAAAGCAUCAAAAGUUUUAAACGUAGUUAUCAUGAAGAGGGGGUUAUUAGUAUGGAACCAUAUGACCCUAUGGUGAUGGGUUAUUCGAUUGGCGGCUCUAUGACACAGCUCAACUACCUUCCCAUGAGGCCAACGAAGCUAAACAAGGAUCUUGUCCGGAUUCACCUGUCACUACUGUCACGAUUCAAAUGUUCAAUAGACGGGCAGCCAGAUCCUACGAACGAGUUCAUGAACAUAUGGGUUCCUUGUACUAUGCACGAUCCUCUGCUCCUGCAAAUCGUCCUGUUCACGUCAGCAUGCUUCCUUACCGAGACUGGCGAUAUGCCCAAGAAGUUGCGGCAGAUAUACCAGGGCCAUGUUUACAUCAUGCUCAACAAACUGCUCGGGGACGACACUGCUCGGGAAAACGAUACAUUGAUGCUUGCCGUCGUGCAGAUGAUCGCUGAUUCUUGGUACUGGGGCGAGACAGGCAACCUGAAUCGCCACCUUUCAGGAUUGAAGCGUAUGGUACGAAUGAGAGGUGGGCUAAGCCGGCUCGGUUUACGUGGCUAUCUAGCCAAAAUGAUAUUGAUUCACGAUAUCGCCAUGGCACUAGCACAUGAGAUUACGCCCUCCAUGUAUGGUCACCCUGGGUUCCCAUUUAAUGACCCAAAGAGGACGCCAAUCAAGACUGCAUACAACACACCUCUCUUAUGCCACUGGCAAUCUUUCAGGGAAUGCUCGAACUCCUUACAGUUACACCCUAGCACUGCUGAUAUACUCGACACUGUGAGAAGCUUGUUCGCGGCUGUAGUAUCACUUCCGAGAGACUCGUCUUCCAAACAAAUCCAAACAGUCCGUGUCACUGCCACUGGAUUUUAUGAGAGAAUACGCAAUCUCCCGGAAAUGACCCCACCUUUGCGAAGCUCUUGCAAUCCUUCCCGUUCGAGUUCAGUCGAGAGUCCGGACCAAUCUCCUCGUUCAUCCAGGACUGAUAAGUCCUCCUCCCCCGCUACCAACCUCCCAGAUAAGAUGUAUAUUGUUGUGCGGAAGAUUGCUCUGAUCUACUGCAAGGCGGUUUCGACUCGCUCUCCAAUCAGUGCUGCUUGCUCUGAAGAGGAUAUCAACGUGAUUUGGCGUGCCAUCUGGGAGUCUGGAUUGCCGACUUGGAAAUCAGUCCUCGGCAUCUUUGUAUGGGUUAUGAUCGCACUUUCUACUAACUGCCAUAAAACCAAAUUCGGACGUCUCAUCAAAACAUUGACCGUAUCUACAAUGAUGUCUCUUGGAAUGGACGACUGGUAUCUUUUCCUCGAUAUCGCAAAAACGGCUUUUCGAAUCCAGAGAUGGCUGGCAGAAGGAGACGAAGACGAUAGCACAAAGCAACUUAUAGGAGGGCGGGCGGUGGUGGAUCAGUACGAUAAGUUCGCGAUGGAUGGUGCCUUUCCAGAAUACCCUCUCCCGAAAGACAACGAGCUGUGA